GCCCGGAGCCGGCUCUGGCGGCCGCGGCGGAGCUGCUCCAGCCUCCCCCUUCCUCCUUCCUCUCCUCCCCCUGCUCCCGCUGCUGCUCCCGCUCCUGCCUGCGCGCACCAUGGAGUUCACGGAGAGGAAGAGAAGCAGGAAAUCCCAGAGCUUCAAACUGAUCAACCAAGAUUACCACCAUGAGGUAUACAAGAUCUCUGACUACAGCAAUGAUGUUAAUGGGGAGACCAAAGAAACACAACCCAUUUUUUUAGGAGAUGAAAGCCGGGAAAUUAAAAAACAAAUUACAGGGAUGAGAAGAUUACUGAAUGACAGCGCUGGAAGAAUCUAUCAGCGCGUUGGCAAAGAAGGAGAAAAACUGAAGGAAGAACCCCAGGAUUUAGACUUAGCCUGGGCCCAGCGCCUGAACCCCCCUGCAGAGUCCCAGGCGAGCCUCCAUCCUUCUCAGAGUGGUGCAUGGAAUGAAUUAUCACCCCAAACCAGCCAUUUUUCAGGGCAGUAUGGAACUCGGUCUAAAACCUUCCAAAAUCAAACGAGAACCGUGGGAUCCAAUGGGGAAAUUCCAGGGGUGAAUUCAUCAGUAGGACCAAACUGCUGCACUUGUAACUGUCAGUCAACCUUGCAGGCCAUUCUCCAGGAGCUCAAGACCAUGAGGAAGUUAAUGCAGAUUCAAGCAGUUGGAACCCAAAAUAGACAGCAGCCUCCCGUUCCCCUGAUCUGUGCACAGAAGGCAACAAUAUCAAGGAAGAGAAAUAAAAAGAAAAAAUUGCCCCAAAAGACUUUUGAACCAGUUACUGUGAAUAAGAAGUCCAGCACUGUAGAGAAUGAAAAGAAACUGUCAACCAACUCUGAAAAAUCCAGUCUGCACGCAGCUGAACCUGCUCUCAAACCAGAGACCCCCGUUUCAGGAUUUGGUAUCAUUCUUGAAUCACCUUCCACAGAUCCAGAAGUGCAGCUUGCUGAAGGCUUUGAUGUCUUUAUGCCCAAAUCUCAGCUGGACUCUAUAUUGUCAAACUAUACACGCUCAGGAAGCUUACUGUUCAGAAAACUGGUCUGUGCAUUUUUUGACGACAAGACUUUGGCUAACUCUUUACCCAAUGGGAAGAGGAAAAGAGGACUCAAUGACAAUCGAAAAGGAUUAGACCAAAACAUCGUGGGUGCAAUAAAAGUCUUCACAGAAAAAUACUGCACUGCUAACCAUGUGGAUAAACUUCCUGGCCCCAGAGACUGGGUACAGAUUCUGCAGGAUCAGAUUAAACUGGCAAGACGGCGAUUAAAAAGAGGCUCAGCUGAGGCAACUGACUGUGAUGAGAAACCGGACAUUUCUCUACUACAAACAGACCACCAGGAAAGGGACCACCACCCUCUGCACAGACCAUGGUUUGAGAACCACAGCUCUUGCAGACCAGAGGCCACCUACGAAAACCUCCAUCCAGACUGGCACUCUGUUGACAGUCUCAGCAGUUAGGAUGAGCGAAUCAAGCCAGAGAUUGAACUACCCUCUCAGAGAGAGAAGUGGUUCCUUCAGGUGAGGGAGGAGGCAAUAGCUCAUGUCGCCCUCAGGGCAGCCUAUAACUCUCCAUCUUUCACUAGCACUAAAUUCACUUUAAAAAAGAUAGGGGGGAAAACCUAUAGGAAGGUUCUUACCCGGCAGAAUAUAUUGAUCCCUGGCCAAUUAACUAAGACAAUGCAUCUCCUGGAACUCAGCAGACAGAUUGCUGAAGCUUUUGCCACUAUUUUGUUUUCCUUAAUAUAUUUGAGGCCUAUCAUAAAGCUUUCUCCUUGAAACCAUUUGGCCUUUUUAUGGGUGUUUUUAACUGAAGUGCUAUUACAGGAAGUGGGAUUUUUUUUUUUUCCAAAAUAUUUUAAGGUUUUUUGGCGGCUUCUCUAAAGGAAACUAUUUCUUCUGAACAUUCAUUGACAAACAGGCCUGAGCGUCAGACAUCCUGAAUGCCCACAAAUAACACUGAAGCCUUCAGGAACUGCAGGUUCUCUCGGCACCUUUUGAAAAUGAGACCGUCAAGCAUUCCCCGCCUAUUUAAAAAUGUAUUGUUAAAGGCAACAAUGUUCUCUGUAAAACUGUGGAAUAUAUUGAAUGUGCACUGCAGACCUUAAAAGAGCAUUUCCUUCAAAGGCUGGUGUGGCCACUUCCCCUAUGCCUUGUAAUCCCUGUGCUCCGAGGAGAGUGGCAGGGAGCCGCAAGGUCCAUGCGGCGAGUUGGUCCAGUCCAGAGCAGAAUGCUAACACGGCAGAAUCAGCAUUUUGUAAAUUUUGAGAUUGCAUUUGUGUUUACUUACUGUGACUACUGUUCAGACUUUCUUCGGAAAUCUUUUUAUAGGGUUUAUUAGAGAGAAAAAUCAUUCCAUAUUUAGGUAAAACGUCUCAAUCUUCUGUAUAUAUGUUUUAUUAAUAUGUAAAUAUUUAGAUAUUUUUAAAUGACUAUGUUCUUAAUAAAACAACAAGGGACUAGUUGUGAAAUGGUGUAUAACAUUGUGUCGUGUUACGGAUCUCUGGGAAACCCUCUUUGUCAGUUCAGAAAAGAAAAACCCACAAUAAAUAACAUUAAUUGAG